AUGAUCAGGGGACUUAUUAUUGUCUCGGCACGUCGGAUUUGGAGUUUUGGUAAUCAGCCAGCGUCAUUGACUUGGUCUCCGGCUGAUCCAUAUAGUAAAUCCCACAUGGAUGUAAAUUCAGAAAAUAUGUUGGAAGAAUCUGCUCAAUCCAGACUCGAUCACAUAAAUGAGAAUUUAUACGUUGAAAACUCUAUUCUUCCCGUCGCCCCCGCAAAAUGUGCUUUAUGCCAAAGAGUCCUUUCCUCUGAUAAUGAGGCUGGUGAUCUCGAAGCUAUUAACAUAUGUGGGGAUUGCAAAUUUUUGUUUCUCGAGGAUCUUGAGACCACCACACCAGACUCGUACCAAAGGAGAACACUUGGACCAAGGAGGAGAAGGUACAACAGCUCUGAGUCAAUCGAGAGUCUGUUCUCUCAACAAUUUUCACAAAUGCUCUCCCUGGCAAGGCAAACCCAGUCCACGGUUUUAGAGCAUGAUGAUCAAUCCGUAGAUGGUGCUGCAAGGUUAACGCAGCUUACGAGUACUCGUACUACUCCAAGUGGGUCCAGUAGAUGGAGGAGGUUGUUUUCUGAUACUGAAAGUGAUGGCUUUGAUUCUUUCUAUGGGGAGAGUGAAUCAAACGUCAGCUUCAGGAGAUACAGGCAUUUCCAUGGCGACGGUGACAACAUUUCUUAUACCACUUAUGGAGGAGAUUCUGAUGCCUCCAUUGAUGGUAACAGUCUCCUGGAAAAUGAAAAUUUUGCCCAACCAAAUGGUGGAAGUGACCUAGAGAGUGAUACUGAUAUAGACCCAAUGCAUGCUGGUCUAUACCAUUGGAACUCAGAAGAUCAGGAAGAAGAUGAAGAUGAAGAUAGUGACUGGGAGGAAGCUGAUGUUGAGUCCGUAAGAGCUAGAACUCAGCAUUAUGGAUCAAACGAGAGCAAUGCACGUGCAAAUUGGCACAGACAACAUUUUUCUCCUGAAUUUGACGGUACAUUUCUAAUGAGGAUUCCAGAGAGGACACAAGCACGUACUGCUGACAUCUUAACUAAUUUUCAAGAGUUAGAGACACAAAAUUAUGUUGGAAAUGCUGGGGAUUACCUUGAUUCCAGAGGCUUUGAGAACCUGCUUGAGCAUCUCUCAGUAACUGAUAGUUCAAGAAGAGGAGCACCUCCAGCAGCUAUAUCUAUUGUAAAUAAUUUGCCACGUCUCAUCAUUACUGAAAACCAUGACAAGCUGGAUGAUUUGGCAUGUGCAAUCUGCAAGGAUUCUCUAGCUGUUGGCACUGUUGUAAACCAACUUCCCUGUUUUCACCUCUAUCACCCUUCCUGUAUAUUGCCAUGGUUGAGUGCACGUAACUCGUGCCCCAUUUGCCGAUAUGAGCUUCCUACUGAUGACAAGGAUUAUGAGGACAGGAAAAGAAAUGGAGAGAGUGGAUUGGGGUUGCUCCAUACUGAGCAGCAUGCUGUGGAUGAGGAUAGUUCCUCAGACACUGCGGAUGAUGAUCUUGUUGAUGAAGUUUCUCAAUUUUAUGGUGAUAGAGCAGAUGAGGGACGAGUAGAUAGAAAUUAUGUCACUGAUAACUCUAUUAGGGAAAGUCCAAGAAACAGACGGUUCUUUCUCGCUGCUGCUGCUCCUAUUGUCAGUAUUAUAGGUGUUACUCUUAUGUUGUGGUUAGGAAAGCCAUUAAUGGAUGGAAGGUGGCCAAGUAACCGCAUUCUCUCUGCCAGGGAGAGUAGCCGAAGUAGAAGGUGGUGGUCUUUCUUCUAA